GCGAAUUUCGCGAUACCCGCGACCUACGAUUCCGAAUGAAGUACUUGUAUGUAUAUAUAUAUUCAUCUUCCAGUUUCUCUCUCUCCGUGGAUAGUGGAUGGGUAGCGUGUGAACAACAUCACCGAGAGUAGACGAAGAAGAACCGUGCCAAGUAUACAGUGUACCUACGUAUGUAUCGUGUUAUAAACAGACCAACCGACACAGCAAGCGGCCCCGGGAGUAUGGCAGUAGCUCAUGGUAGCGCGUAGCGAGCGCCCCGGAGGGUAAACGCCAUUUUAAGUCUCCGCCACGGUAUCCGUCUGUCUGUCUCCGAUGUAUUAUUGUCGUCGCCGCCGUUACGCGAGAACGUAGUGUUGUGCAACGGAGUGAGUACAUUACAUUGGGAAGGAAGUGAGAUAUACGACAAGUGGCUUGAGAAAGGUGCGUCCAGUUUUUGCUCUCCAGAGUGUGGCAGUCGGCCGGAGCAGACACUGGCGCAGUGCUUCGGAAUCCCCAUAUGCAUCGGACAGAUCGAGAGAGACGCUGCUUAUACACAUGUACCCGCUGAUGAUGUGCUUUAUGUGUGUUGAAGUUUGUGUCUGAUGCUGAUGUAGGUCGUCGGCUCAUAACAAAAAUAUUUUUUAUUAUUGUGGUGGUGCGUCAAGGGUGCUCGUGUGCAGUGUUCAAAGUACAGUGCAAAAGGAUAUUUCUAUUGAUCCGAAGAAAAAGGGAGUCGCUGCGGAGCAAAUAAUUGUAUCAAUCUUCAAGUAUAAUAAUAAUAUAUAAUGCUGGGGCCGCAGCUGCUGGCGAGCCCGCCGCCGGCCAAGACGAUGUCCAGGGAACAGCAGCUGCAGCGGUGAGCCCGUGAACGCCCCGAGAGGCAAAGUGCCCCAGCCCCGGCAGGAGGAGUAGCAGCGACAACGCGCCAAAGGGCCCAUUAGGAGCGCCAUGCCGCUGCCGAAGCGGGUCGUCGAGCCCGUGCACGUGGCCCGCGGUACCAUACCCGAGGACUUUCCUCUGCCCUCGGAACUCGAGGCGGUGACCAAUGGCACCCUCGCCAACGCCAUCAGGCAGUUGUCUAGUCUGUCGAGGCACGCCGAGGAUCUGUUUGGCGAACUGGCCAAGGAGGCCAAUGGCCUCAGCGAGAGGGCCAACUCGCUGCAGGCCAGGAUAGACAGGCUCGCCGUCAAGGUCACGCAGCUCGACAGUAACGUCGAGGAGGUCUUGCUGCAAGACAUACACAUGAGGAAGGCGUUCAAGAGCUCAGUGGUCUUCGACCAGCAGGUCGUCUCCAGGGACACGAUGCCGACCGCGAUGCUCGAGACUUAUCAACAAUGCGACACGCCACCUCCCCUCGACAAGCUCAACGUUUACAGAGAGGACGGCAAGGACGGCUUGAAGUUUUACACCGAUCCCAAUUACUUCUUCGAUCUGUGGAGUCAGGAGAUGCUCAAGGAUACGGAAAAGAAAUUGCACGACAGAGGAAAGAAGACCGAGUCAGAAUAUGCCGAACCGUUCAGAGAGCCGCACAGGCCUCGGAACGCAGAAGGUGGCAGCGGUGGUGGAGGCCGGCGUCAGAAGCGCCCGAGACAGCCACACAACACUCGCGAGCGUCAGCGUCAAAUAGCCGUGGGACACGGCGAGUACAUAAUGCCCGCCCAGGGUGUACAGUACCGGGCGCCCCACAGCAUACCCGACGAGGCUCUCCUUGGCAUGGUCAUGACGGAGCCAAGGCCACCACGGCCCAACAGCAUCGAGCUCAGGCGCAGCUAUCCGCCCGAGGAACACCAACUGUACAGUCCACCCAUGUCCGACCACUACCGCGCAGUCAACUACGCAGCGCAGGUCGCAGGUUACGAGGACAGUGCGUACGGCUCGCACUACGCGCCUGGACAGGCCCAAUCGGGCAGCGACACGUAUCAGAGCCCCGGAGGUCCAGGUACGCCGAGCAGAGGAGGUAGGAAUAGGCCCACCCAGCCCCCACCCGCGCCGCCUAGCAACGCGUCCAGCAAUUCGACCCCAACGAUCGCCUCGGCGAACAACACACCUACGAGGGGCAGGUCGUUGAGCGCCGGCAGGGACGCGUUGCCACCGCCACCUCCACCUCCUGGGGAGGUCAUGUCACCACCCUCCAUGAACGGCGUGCUACCUUCGCACAUGCUCAACCGAGACAGUCGCUCGAAUAGUCCGCUGCCGAACCACCAGUCGUCGCUGACAGCGGUCGUGACGACGACGGGUGUCCACCUGAUCAGCCAUCAGAUGCCCUCGGUGGACGAAACCGAGUCCGCGGGCCAGGAUCUGCCACCGCCGCCGCCGACCCCGGAUCCAACGCCUCCACGGCCUGACUCGCCUCCGUGUAAUAUACCACCACCUCCGCCUCCACCGCCACCUCCACCGAUCACGAACGGCCCGCCCUCGGAAAUGAUGGCGCCCAUGACCAACGGCGACAUCGCCAGGAUGAUCGUUAACGAUCCGCCAAAGUUGAAGCCGCUCAAGAGUAUCAUCGACGGUCAGUUGAGAAAGUCAAAUCCUAACGUGCCCGCGCCUGUCGAUCCGAGGAACGACCUUCUCAAGGCCAUCAGAGACGGUAUAAAGUUGCGGAAAGUCGAAAAGAUCGAGCAAAAGGAGGUGGAACGAGUCAACGCGCUGAACGACGUAGCGUCGAUUCUCGCGCGGCGAGUGGCCGUAGAGUUCAGUGACAGCGACUCCGCAUCGGAGAGUGAAUGCGACAGCGAGGGCUGGAACGAGCACGACAGCACGAGCACGACGAACGCCGCGUGACCCGUCUCGUCCUUAAAGUCCACGGCCACAGCCAAGGUCUCCUGAAUCACUCGUACGGCCCAAGUUUCUUGGAUUUCGGUUCUUGUACAUGCAUUUUUUUUUUCUUUUUUUUCUUCGAGCUUCUUACAGAAGAAGAACAGAGAGCGAGGAAAAUAAAAAGGGAGAUAGAUGGAUGGGCUUAUUUUGGGCCCACCGACCGCGAAUUUCGCAGUUUUCCGUUGUUUCGAUGGACGUCUGGAUGUAAUAUUAUAGUCUGUGCCAGGAUUUUGUUAAAUAUUUACGUUACUGUGUUUUAAUGCGACACAGUAAUGUGCUUUUUCUGUUAAAUGUAUAAUUUUUUACUUUCGAUGGUGAGAAACGGUUUUUUAAUGAAUGUCAAUCCAAUAAGAUUCCCAAUUUUAUAUUUAUAAUAUAUUUAGAUAGUUGAGUUCACUCGUUUUAUUUAAAUGUCUCGAAUUUAAAGAAUUAUUUUGCACCAAAUACUGAUUAUAAUGUAUCUUAUCAUCAUUCAUAUAUGAAUACAACAGAUUUAUUUAAGAAACCAAUAUUUUAAACAGUUUCAUUGUUUUACGAAGUUGUACGCAUUUUCAAAAAUAUAUCGACUCAAAUUUAUUGGGACAUGACAUUUUUUAUCUACAAUUGUUUCCUUUCCAUUAAAUUAAGUACUAUAAAGAUACACUUAUAACAAUUUAUACUUUAAAAGGUCAACAUUACAUAAGAAAAAAAACUGGAAGUAGCUACAUUGUUGAAAAAAGAAAACACGUACCUUUGGUAUUGUUUAAAAAUAAAGCAGACACGAAUUAACAACCAAAGUAUCAAGGGUAUUUAUUCUUUUUUUAAAUAAUAAGAAAAAAUAUCUAUGGCACGACUCUCAGAAAAACGAGUAAAAUAAUAU